AAGAGCGUGGCCAAAUUUUGGGAGCUCAGUGGUUGCUCCAGAGGACCUUGCAAAUAUUCCUUCCUCCUCGAAGGCAGCAAGGCACAAAGGGCAGCUGCUCUCAGCCCCUCAGAUGAGGCAAAAGAAAUGAGCCUGUCCUUCAGCACUUUCCUGAGCUGGGCUUCUCUCUGGCUGCCAGCUGAAGGAGCUGGGAGCAGCCAGUGCAGGUCAGUGCUGCUGCUGCUGCAGAGUUCCUGCAGUGCUGCAAAUCCCUGCAGACAGCAACCCUCACUCAAACGUGGGAUUUGUAAUCCUGCUGCAGCCUCACAAAGCUUUUGGAUGAAAAUGGGUGUCUAGGAAGGUGGGAUUUCUGAGUUAGAUGCUAUGCUGGUGGUGCAGUUUAAUUCCCCCAUUUGCUUGUUUGCAAAGAGACUGCUGGGAAUCUGAGACUUGUUUUAAUGUUCUGUGCCUUAGCCUUGAGGAAGCAAAGAGCUGAAAGACUGGAUGAAAGCAGCGUAAGGAAACAAGCAAGAGUCCAGCAAUUAUUUAACUAAGCCUUCUAAUAGACAUCACCACUCUGAAAAUUUUACCACCUAAUUACUUUUUGACUCUAGGUGACAAUAUUGGACCGUGACACACACUGAGAGUGCAGCAGUUCUGCACAGAUGUUUGUGGAGAACACUCUUUCUUGAUAGCAAUGUAAUUGUGACAUGCACAGUCCUGAGAUACGGACAGAGCUUAUUUCUUUUUGGUAUCUUUAUGGCUUAAUUAUUUUGAUUAUAUACGAACUCUGCUUCAUUGCAUCUUUCCUUUUCUAAUUACACCCUCUCCCCUCCAACCACUCAAUUUUUAUUUGGCAUUUGUCUCAUCCUUGAUGGAAGCCUUUAGAGUAAAGCAGCUCAUUUUAACUUUUUUUGGUUUUGCCAAGCACAGAAUGAUGUGACUGAGUUCAGUUAAACGCAUUUCAAGCAUUAGGAUGGGCCUCUUUCUGUUACUUAGUCUGAUGGGGUUUCUAAGUAAGUCAGACCUGCCACACGUAGACCUCUGUGUGUGUGUGACAUUAAUUAGGGCCUUCCAAGCCCAGCAGGUCAGGGUGAGGAGGAAGGUUUGGCCCAGCUCUGAUAGAACUCACAGAUGGGAACCAGGCAGUUCCAUCUUCUCCAUCUCCAAACUUAAUGGAAGGCCUGAAUCUCAGUGCACUGCCAGUUAUAGAGGGAGGAAAGGGCAAGGAGAGAAAAUAAAUUCAUUUUUAGCCACUUUCAGCAUAACCCAGCCAUCCUCCCACGGAGCUGUACCAGCUGGAGCAGGGCACGGGGCAGGGAGGUGCCCAGGGAGGGUGGGACUGAGGGCAGGAGGCUCCUUACACAAGGCUGGGAGCCAGAUGGCACAAAGCUGAGAGCCAGGGGAAAUCACAGGCUGACUUUAUCUGCUGAGUGAUAACACAGAGCUGGGAACCUGGGAAAGACUGGGAAGAGCCAGGGAGAGCCACUGCCUGUGGGGUUCAUGGACAGAGGGCUGAUAACACCAUCACAGCCCACAGAGCAAUGUGCCAGGUGGCAGCAGGGCACGGCGAGGCAGGACAGGAGCUGCUGGGCAAAAGGCAAGGAGGGAGGGCUCCCAGGGCUGCCCAGGAGUACCUGCUCGGUGGAACAAAGCAUUUUCCAGGAUUAUUUUGCAGUCUGACAAACUGGUCUGUGGAGAUUUGAUAUUCCAGAGAUGAUGUGGUGAUCUGGAGAAGCAACAGGUUUGCCAGGCAGGCUCAGUGGGAUGGGCAGAUGGCACACACUGGCACUUGUGUGUCAGGAAACCCCAGCUCCUUGGCAGGAGAUUCUGGAGCAUGAGGAGCCCAGAGGCACAUUUCUCCCAGGCCAAAGGUUGCCUCAUCACAGAGAUAUAUCAACCAUAAAGCUUAAUAUACCUCGAGAAGAGGAAAGCAGUUGGAAGUGAAAUGAUUUAAUUAUCUUAAAUAAUUGCUUGGAUUUUUUCCACCCAUUUUUUAGAAAACCAGUCUAAAAAUAAGAAGAAAAAAAGCCUAGUUUUUUUAGGUCCAGAAAAAAAAAAUGCUUGGGAUUUUUUUCUUUUAAUAUCAUGUUCCAAGAAGAUAUUAUUUCCCUGUUUCUUCCAUAAAGACAUGAUGUAUUGGAUGAUCCGAGUUUUCCACAGCCUGUGCUUCUAGAACAAGAAUGAAAAUGCUGGAGCACCUGUUGCUUGGGUUUGUGAUUUCUUAUUAGGAUUCUGUAGAGUCCCCCCACAAAAGGCUUUGAAUGCUUUUGUCAUAGAUGUCACUCCUCCCCAGGAUUUGCUCUGGUUGUCUUGGAGGCACCAUAUACUUCAAACUCAAUUAAAACUCCUGUGGAAGUCCCUAAAGGGAUUGGGAAGUCACACUCACUGAUGCUUUUAACAAUGGACAGUCAGGGGAGAGGGAGGGAGCUCUUCUAUUUCCUUUGCAAUUGCCUGUUUUGUUACCAUGACAUCUAAUAAACCCUCAUGGAGAAGGGAAAUGUGUUCUAUGGAAAUACUCAAUAUUUCUACAGUAAGAUUUACAGCAUUUGCUUAACACUGAAAGACAAGAGCAUGAAUUCUGCAGGAUGGAAGUUGGCUUUGUUUGCUCCGGCUGUGUAUUAAUGGGGUUUUUUGACAGCUCAGGGUUCCACCUGGAAUGCAAAUAUUGGGCAAUGUUUGACUUCAGAUGGAAUGUCUGCUUUUCUGUGCAAGCGGGGAAGGGAAGGCAGACGAGGCUGGGCAUGGCCCCUCCGGCCUUGAACCUCCAGCCCAGAGACAAGAGCAGAGCAUUGAACAGAAACCUGGGAUUCUUAAUCCACGUUGUCAAAGAUCCUUCAUCCUUCCCAGCUGGAGGUACCGCCCAGACAGACCCGGACCCUGGAGCAAAGAACACUGAGGGACUUUCAAGGACUUUUAAUGAAUCCCAGUGGUACCCCAGAGCAAAAAAGGGCCAGAAAUUGUUACGGUUCCCCACCUGCACAAAGUUUAAUCUCACUUCACCGCAGAUUAUCAACCCUAUACUUUCAAUUUAAAAGGGUUCAGUGCCAAGUAAAGGACCACGAGCGGUCCCGCGGAAUCAUUCGGAAGUGAGCCGGGACGGGGGGUGGAAGGGGCGCGGCUCUGCCCGGCCCUCCCUGCCCGGAGCGGGGCGGUGCUGCCGGGGCCCGCUGCGGGCAGGCGGUCCCUCCGUCCGUCCGUCCGUCCGUCCGUCCGUCUAUCUGUCUGUCUGUCCGUCGGUCGGUCCCAGCUGCCCCAGGUGCCCGGGGAGCCGCGGGCGUGAGUCCUUGUGAUGGCGGUAAUGACAGAGACCAUCAACAUCCACGCAGUGACAGGAGGGCCAGAAGGAGAUGAUGCCAAGUGCGGUUUCCGUCACAGGAUGUUCCUGGAACCCCAAGAGGAGAAGAAGAGCAUGAAGGCUCUGCUGCUUAAGCAAGCAAAGAAAACUUGCAGCUGCACCCCAGCCAAAAUUAAAGAUUGUGUUUUGGGGUUUUUCCCCAUCUUACAGUGGCUCCCUAAAUACAAACUCGGGGAGUAUCUCCUGGGGGAUAUAAUGUCUGGUGUGAUCGUGGGGGUCCUGCUGGUCCCACAGUCCAUUGCCUACUCUCUCUUGGCUGGGCUGGAGCCCAUUUAUGGCCUUUACACGUCCUUUUUCGCCUGCAUCAUUUACUGCAUCUUUGGCACCUCCCGCCACAUCUCCGUUGGCAUCUUCGGGGUGGUUUGCCUGAUGGUGGGGCAGGUGGUGGAUCGGGAAGUGGAGAGAGCUGGCUAUGACCUGGAGCCAGCUGUGCUCAGUGCCCUGCCAGGCCCGGGAGGGGAUGGGAACAGCACCGGCAACGGGACGGCACCGCGGCCGCUCUGUGACAAAAGCUGCUACGCCAUGGCCGUGGCUGCCACCAUGACCUUCAUCUCUGGAGUUUACCAGGUGGCCAUGGGUUUAUUCCAAGUGGGCUUUGUCUCCGUGUACCUCUCGGAUUCGCUGCUCAGUGGAUUUGUCACAGGGGCCUCUUUCACUGUCCUGACCUCACAAGUCAAGUACCUGCUGGGCCUGGACAUUCCUCGGAGCGGGGGCGUCGGCUCCUUCAUCACCACCUGGAUAAACAUCUUCAGAAACAUCCACAGGACCAACAUCUGUGACCUCAUCACCAGCUCCUUGUGCUUCCUGGUGCUCAUCCCAACCAAAGAGCUCAACGAGCGCUUCAAAUCCAAGCUCAAGGCUCCAAUUCCAGUGGAACUCUUUGUGGUUGUGGCAGCCACUCUGGCGUCUCACUUUGGGAAGCUGAGGGAGACUUAUGGCUCCAGCGUUUCCGGGCACAUCCCAACGGGGUUUCUGCCGCCGCGCCCUCCAGACUGGGCCCUGAUUCCCAACGUGGCGUUGGAUGCCAUCCCCAUUGCCAUUAUUGGCUUUGCCAUCACCGUGUCCCUGUCGGAGAUGUUUGCCAAGAAGCACGGAUACUCCGUGAGGGCCAACCAGGAGAUGUACGCCAUUGGCUUCUGCAACAUCAUCCCCUCCUUCUUCCACUGCUUCACAACCAGCGCAGCUCUUGCCAAGACCCUGGUCAAGGAGUCCACCGGCUGUAGGACCCAAGUGUCCGGCAUUGUAACCAGUUUGGUGAUCCUCUUAGUCCUCCUUGUGAUCGCACCUUUGUUCUACUCCCUGCAGAAAUGCGUCCUCGCCGUCAUAACCAUCGUCAACCUCCGCGGAGCCCUGCGGAAGUUCAGGGACCUGCCCAAAAUGUGGCACCUGAGCAGGGUGGACACGGUGAUCUGGGGGGUCACCAUGGCAGCCACGGCGCUCAUCAGCACCGAGAUCGGGCUCCUGGUGGGGGUUUGCUUCUCCAUGCUCUGCGUGAUCUUCCGCACCCAGCGGCCGGAGGCGCCGCUGCUGGGCUGGGUGGCUGAGUCAGAGACCUACGAGUCCCUCUCUGCCUACAAGAACCUGCAAACCAAGCCCGGGGUCGUGGUGUUUCGCUUUGAAGCCCCCCUCUACUACAUCAACAAGGAGUGCUUCAAAUCCACCCUCUACAAGCAAACUGGGGUCAACCCCGUGGGGGUGAAGGCUGCCGAGAAGAAAGCAGCGAAAAGAAUGCUCAGGGAGAAGGAGGCGGGGUCUGGGGACAACCAGAGCAGCGUCCCCGUGGAUUUUGGGUUGGGACCUGUGGGGUUUCACACCAUAGUGAUCGACUGCUGUGCAGUGCAGUUCCUGGACACGGCCGGGAUCCGCACGCUCAAGGAGGUCUGCAAGGACUACGAGGACAUCGGUGUCCACGUGCUGCUGGCCCAGUGCAACCCUUCCGUCAGGAGCUCCCUGCUCCGAGGGGAGUUCUUCAAGGAGGGGGAGGACCACCUGCUCUUCCACAGCGUGCACCAGGCCGUGGACUUCGCCCUGGGCACGCAGGGGCACGGUGCUUCUAAGAACUAACUUGGGAAGAUAGGAGCUGGAAAAAAUGCUGGGAAAAUGUGUGUGUGUGUCUGUGCAAUCUGUGUGCUCAGUGGUACCUGUGUGCUCAGACUGCAGGGCAGGCUGGUGUCAGCACACUGGUACUGGGCAUUCUCUCUGGAUUUUCCUGCCAGGUGUGGUGAUUCCAUAGGAGGUACUGAAUGAAGGCAGUUCUCAACCUGAUUGUGGCCAAUCUGUGGAUCUGAGUUUUCACAGGGUCGUUCAUCUCAUGUCUCCUCUCUGGAACUUUCUGUGUCUCAGUUCUGCUCUUAAGUUGUGAUCAGGUCUUUUUUGCAACCCUGUCCUGGUGGAUGGGGUGGGAUUUUGGAGUAUUCUGGACAUCCUGUCUGGCUGAAGAAUGAGGCAACUCAUUUCUCACCCCUCAUUCUGGUGUCGCCUUUCCAUCACCACACCCUUGUGUUUGCCAAGGAAUGGCUGCCAGGGACUGUUUGCUCUGGUCUUUACUGGGCAGUGUUUGGUUUUGCAACCUCCCUGAACCUGAGACAGGUAGAGAAAUCAAAUCUAAACAUGCAGGAAGAUACCUUAAUGAGUAUCUUCUAACCAAGCACCUCUCACCUCCAGAGGUUUUGGCACUGCCUCUUAAUUCAGCCAGGCCACAAGGGCAUGGUCAUCUCAUUUCUCCUCAGGCCUUUACCGCCCUGUGGCCGUGGAAAUGUUGCCUCUCCAGCUUGAUUUUAAUGAUUUCUUUUUUUUCCAGAGAUGACUCUCUAGAAGUCUGAUUCAUGCUUAUGGGCAGUCCGUUGUUUUCCUGAUAUUUAGGAGCUCUUUAGAAUUGUGAACAUUAGAUAUGGAAAAUAUCUAGUUCUUUAAUUUUAACCAAAAAAAGUCCCUUCUAGGCAGUUUCUUAUGCCAGGCAGAUGGAAUCACAGGCACCAAAGUGAAAAGGGACAAACAGAUUAUCCAACAUCUGCCCAGAUGUGUCCAUGUCACACAGACUUUGUGCAUGAAUGCAGGAUUUAUUGGCUAUAAACCCUUUGCUCUGUCCUGGACUUUAUACAAUGGGAGUGCACAGACCAAUUGGAAAAGGAGGCAGGAAAAUUCUUUGCCGAACUUUAUUUCACCAGGUCAGUGUAAAUAGAACUUUUUACUUCGAUUUUAAAUUAUGUGAAAGUGAAGAGUGCCUGUUCUUCAUGCUGAAAUAGAAGGGUAGGAAGAGGUUCUCUUUCCUCACAGCAGUAGAAUACAAUUGUGAAGGCAGAACUGAGAUGAACAGGUUUUCCUGAGUACCAGCUAUACAUAGCACACAUCCCUGGAAGAGCGUGCUUUCCUCCCAGAGGAGUUUACAGUCUGAAUCUCGCAGGUGCUUCACAGCUUUUAAAAGGGAAAGGUGCUGUGUACAGACAAUAUUCUCAUCCUUAAUAAUUGAAAAAUAAUGAGUCGGGAGUCAAAAAAGGCAUACAAUUCAAUAGGAAUCGUGACAUGUUUACUAAAUAGAUAUUUUGAGGUAUCUCAAAAUUUUCUAGCAUAUUUCUAAGAUAUGUUUUGUUUGGGUGUUUUUUCUGAGCAAGGGCCAGUAACUAUUCUCUUCUUUCUGUGAAAGCUGAAUGUCAUGGAUCACUUCAUUCUGGGAGCCUCAAAGAAGGACGAGGCAGCAGGAGGAUGAGUCCUUUCUGUGCUGACUGAACUUUCACUACAUUUUUAGGACGCCAGAGCAGCAUGGAAGUACUGGGGGAGGUGAGGGGUGGCUGUAGCACAUCUUGGAAAGGAGAACCUCCCUGAGAUCUGCCCAUUCCGUGUCCUAGACCUGGCACUGGUGAGGAAAGGAGCCUCUGUGUGUCACAGAGAAAAGUCUGUCAUACUCAAACCCCACAAAUACUGUUCUGUCUCAGCCUCGAGGCUUGUUUAUGCCAGGGGAUGAAUCCCAAAUUCUGCUGAAUUUCUCCUUUGCUGCCCUUACCUCCUGCAGGAACGUUUUUAUUCUGGGCUGAGGAUCCUCUGUGCAGUCCGGGGAGUGGAAAGCACUGAACUGGCAUUGCCAGGGAGGACUGGGCUGAGCUGUAUAAAAGCAGUGCGUGGGGGCAGUGCCCGUGUGGGGAGGGCAGGGUGGAAGUUCUGCUUUAAUUUUUAACCAAACCUGUUUUGUGUGGAGUUCCCACUCGGCGCCCUUGGGUGGAAGGUUUGUCCCCACGGGGAUGGCAGUGCCAUGGCCUGGGGGAGUCCCUGUGCAGCACACUUUGUUCACAGCAUCGGAAAGAAUCUCUGGAACUUUGAACAGAAGCCUCGAUGGAGUUUUUGAAACGCUGGUUUUUAACUCCUGUUUUGCCAGAGGGCAGAGCAGUGCGAGGAGCACUGAAAGUGCUGAUGAAAACCAACAGCACGUGGUUGUUGCAAAUGUUGUUUUUGUUAUCGAAAAUGUUCCUGCCUCCCUGCAGCGGCUUGUUCUCACUCCUUCGCCCCUGAGGCAUGGGCAGGACACAGGGAGAGGAGGAAGGAGCAGCUGGCCAGGAGACUUCAGGGCAGGUCAGCCACCAGUGGGACCAAAGUCGAAUAAAAACUGCUCCGGGUGAUUCUUUCCUCUUUCCCUCUCUCCCGUAUUCUUUCCGUGCUGCUCGGGUGGACAUUUUUUUUUUCAGCUGUGACCAUGCACAGGUUUGUGUACCCAAAUUCUAAGCCUUUGUUUAUUAAAAGAUGGCUUUGCAGAUCCAUUCCUGCCCGUGCCAGGAAUGAAGGGAGGAGUAGCAAUGGUAACCACAAGGAGGAUACUCUUCCCACAGCUAGCGGGAUGUUUAUUUGUGGCUCCUGGGGGUUUAAUUACAUAAAAGCACAAUAAAACAGCCAUAAAAUGAUUUUUCAGGUAAUUAAAUUAGAUUAUAGCUAAAAGAUGUAGUGCAGUGAUUUAUGUUUACCUGGAGCACGUUGCAUUCGGCCUCAGCGCUGUUUGUGCAGCCUCCAAAUUCCAUUUCAGGCAAAACACAAGAAACUGUUAAAAUGCAACAGCAAAAGCAGCCAGGCAACCAAAAGAAAUACUUUCAAUGUUCUUAUUUAAAGUAACAUCCAGGGGUCACAGCAUUAAUAAGUCUGUAUUAAUGCACUGCCCUGGUUAAAAGGGAACUGAAAUAAAUGCCAGUUGCCAGAGUUCAGUGCAAUAGGGAGUUCUUGGGAAUUAACUGGAGAUUAGAGCUUGUUAUGGCUGGAAUUUCUUAAAGCAGAGGGUUCCAGCCCUUUCCCUUCUAGAACUGGAACCAUUUUUUAGCAGUGACAUGAAUCUGAUUUGAGCCCACUGGCAAGAGGCACGUUUUGCUUGAAUUUCUUUAUGGACCCCUUAAAGCACUCCAGUUUUAUCUUUAGGGAUUGGAGAUCACUGCUUGGAAGCUUUUGCUCCAAAGGAUUUGUUUUCUAAAGGAAUUCCAUAUAUUUAUAUACAUUACGUUGCUGUGUAAUGGAUGCAGCAGCUGAAUAAAUCCAUUUAUGCUUUUGUGAUAUUCUUGUACUGUCCUGCAAAGGGCUCUCCUGCCUUCUGCUGUUUUAAAUGAGCAGUGGAAAGCACGUGCCAGGUUUUUUAAGGGGAAGUCUGCCAUACUCACUGCUCUCUGUGCCUUCCCUCAUCCCCUGAAUUUGUAAACUAUGGGAAGAGGGGCCCUCAGAACAACUGGGUUUGGGUUAUUCAUCUGUCUUCCUUCAGCACCCCAGGCCAGACUGGAAGAUGGUGUAAAUCAGUUCAUCUCUAUUCCCAAACGUCCCAACCAGCAAAUAUCAGACUAAAUGAAGAACUAAGAGAUGAUUAGCACGUUCAUUAAUGACAGCAGCAGAGCGUUAUGGAAAUGAACACUCUCAGUCUCAGCUGGGAUGAAAACCUUGAGCGCUCUCCUGCUGAAUGCCAGGCUCUGUUUUUUUCCUCGUGUGUUGCUGCUGUGGCUGAGCAGUGGCAGCUCCUCCUGACGUGGCAGCUGCCCUGAUAAAUGUUUCACUUGUCUGACAUGGAAACCACUUUCAGUCCACUUCCCAGAACAGGGACAGGGGGCAGUGGGCACGGGGUGCUUAUUUGGGGUUUGUACUGACAUUGCCAACCUGUGAUUUAGUGAUGCUGAUUUCCUUUAAGCCAUUGCAGCUCCACCUGUUCCCAGUUCACUGCAGGGCCAACCUCUGCCUUCCUGAUGCUUCUUUUUUGUGUUUUGCUGCAAGGCACGGAAUAGGGACUGUAAACAGAAGGAUUUGUGUGUGUUGGUGUUCCAGGUGACCUGCUGCUCCGUUUCCACCGUGCUUUGAUAAGGCCAAAGCUCCUGGGCAGUAAAGCGAGGGUUAAACAACCCAAACUCCCCCCAGUCCUCUGGGAGAACAAGGGCUGGGGGCUCUGCUGGGUGAGGGGGCCCCCCAGGAGCCUCAGCCAGGUUUGGGGCUGGCAGAGGGUUCAGAGGGUUUGUGGAGGAGUUGGUGCUGCCCAGGAGCCGCAGAUGAACCUGGAGGUGUUUUUGUUAAGGGGUUACUGUGACUUUAGGGUGUCGUGCCUUUGUCCACAGUGAGUGUGGCACAAGCCACUGUGCUGAGCUCUGUGUGCCGGGGAUUUCUGGGGUUGUGGUUGUUUGUUUUUGUCUAAUUUUAAUCUCAGUCCACACCUGGCUGUCCCAGCCAGGCCAGCAGAGCUGCAGCCAUGGAGGGUGCUCCCUCCUGGGAGAAAUCACAGCCACCCUUUUGUCUCUGCUCACUUCUGCUGCUGCUGCCUUCCUUUUGCCAUGAGGUUAAAACCUGCUGCUGGUGGGGCUGAAGAGCAGAGGUGGGAAUUGCAGGCAGGAAAACAUCCUGGCUUUAAGCCAGUCCAUGCCCAGAGCCUUCCUUGUGCUGAGGUUGGUGAACUCAGCCUGUGCUCAGUCCUAGGUGAAACUCUUCAGGCAAAAAUCUGUUUCAGGGCAUUAUCUUCUGCUGGGGGUUGGGUUUUUUCCACCUGCUUUGGAAAAGUGAUUCAAUGCUUGAGGUAAUUCACAUUUUUUAAGUGUUUUUUUUUUUUAAGUACCAUGGCUAAGCUGCUGAAGCUGGGAUGCAAAUACUCCUGUGCUGCUCUUGCCCUGCAGGGGCUUUGUAUCUGCGUGGUUGAAUUUGUCCUGCUGGGUGUAGGAUGAUGUUGUGGGACUCCAGUAGGGAUGUAACUCCAGUAUUGGUGUGUUUCUCCACACUAGAAGGGUUUGCACUUCCCUGCUGGCACAGACAAGAGGAGUCCUGUCUUCAGUGCAGGCUUUGCACUGGGAAUGACCUCGUUAAGUCCCAAGAAUUAAUUACACUGGGUCAUCAUCUUCAUAAGCCUUUGUAGGAUCGACUGCUCGUGUGAAAAUCAACCUGAUCUUUACAAUUUCAGACAAAUUCUAUCUGAAGUGGAAAUAAUUCUGAGCUUUGCUUUUUCCUUUGUGAUCAUUGCAGUGCUAAAAGCAAGGCCUCUGGUUGGGUAAAAUGGCAAAUAUUUAAUAUAUAUAUAUAUAUAUUUAGUUCAUAGCAUAAUUGCACCUGUCUAUUUUAUUUUCUAGAGGUUCUGUCAGCUAAGGCGUAAUGGUAUUCUUUGAUGUGCAAAUUAAUAAAAUAUUUCAGCAUUGGACAGAGAAUCAAAUUUCCAUUGAGGUGAAAUCCCUGCUAAAAUAUUUGAAUUCCAGCUCUGAAAGCACUUAGUCCAGAUCCCAAAGGGUUUAAAGACUCCACACAGAGGUAGGAAGCAUUUUGUUGAACUUGGGUCCAAUUUUUUAUGUCUGAUUUUUUACUUAAAGAAGUCAGUUUUAUGUAUAUUUGAAGUGCAGCUGAGACAUGGUUAAGGAGAGGUGAAAUCUUAUUUUUUCUGACAAGCACAUGAUGCUUUGAGUCUUUAGUCUCAUGUUCCUGACCGUCUCUAGUGCCUUGGUACGUUCUGGGGGAUGAUUUUUUGAAUAAUUUAAAAUUCAGAAUAAUUUUAGAUGGUUGCAAAUAAUCCUCUGCAGAACAAACAAAAUGGCAAACUGUGCCUGGAGUUUGUUGGAGAAUCAGUUGAACCAAACAGGACCUCAAGACUGGAACAGGUUCCAUUGGUCAGCAGAUCUGACCCGUUUACAAAAUAAUUUAUGUGUUAUUGGAGCACAGUGUGGGGGAAUUGUGUAACGGGUAGAAAAAAAAUCGAUUUUUUUUGCUGUGACUUGUCUGUGCAGUAAAAAUAAAUAAAAAUAAGGUGUAAACCCCCGCAGGUGGGUGGUGGAGCACGGGGUGCUGGGGGAGCUGUGUCACUCCGUGCUGGCAGGGACUGUCCCCGUGCCCAGCAUGGGGACAGAGGUGCUGCCACCACCCCCUCCCUCAGUGCCGGGCUCACCCACCGAAUGUUUGCAGGGAAAACUGGAUUUUGUCACGAGCUGUCUCAUGUCCUGCUGCCAGCCCUGUGUCCAUCCUCUGCGUGGUGGUGGCUCUCCCUUGCCCUGUCCUGUCUGAGCUGGCUCCAUUGUUAUUUUUAACUGUUCCUGUGCCUUUUUGUCACGUUUUUAGCGUGGGAGCUUUCUGUCAAAUCUGGUAAAAUCAUUGGGGUUUCUUCAGCAUAAUUAAAAGAUGAGAUUUAUGGGG